AUGUGGGCUUGGCCGAGGUUUGAGACUCUGCCUUCGCUGAUUCCAUGUGGUGUUUCUUGCAAUCCCGAAAUAGCCAUAUUAGGGAUUUCUCAAUCAUGUCGUUACCCAAAGCCAUUCGUUGAUAUCGGAAGGAUGAUUGCUGCGUUGCGAUUUGGAUUCAUGCGGGACGGGAACGAUUCCUGCUGUUUGUUGACCAACCGGUUGAGGAGCAAAUCGAAUGUUGUAGGUGAUUCGUUCCUCACUGGAGAAUUCACGUCUAUAGCCACAAUUGACUGUCCACCAUAUCGAUGCGAUUUUCCCCGACAGGUCUGCAUGAGGCUGAAUACCAGGUACCAGGAAAUCAGUGCAAAUGAAUGCCGGCCGGUUCCUGUUGAGUGUUUGACGGCAGCAAAUGGGGGAAUACCAUUGAUCAUUCAACCACCGUCACCAGCGCGUACAGUGGAUAAGCCGUGGAAAGAACGCGGAGCAUUUAGCGGAUUUUCGGAGAAAAACAUUGGUGAGCUGCAUCCGAUGCCGAUCAAUCCCACCGACAUCUGUCAAAUGGGCCCACCAAAUGGGAGGUUUUGUGGGUUCAAGGUGAUGUACACAUAUAACAAGGAGACGUUUCAAUGCGACGAGUUCUGGUUUCCCGGUUGUACGACAGUCGAAACGAAUGCGAAUCUUUUCAGCGAUAUGCGUUCUUGCGAGAAACUCGCCGAAAUGUGUAAAUGUGCGUUUAUUUUUGUGGAAUUAACUCAUCGGCUUAGCAGGUUUCCAUUUUUCCGAAUUCAUUUAUCAGUACGAAAUUCAGCGCUUGGUGGUCCAUCGCCAUCUGUUCGUCCAAGCGAAGGAGAUGGAGAAGAUCUUGGAAUAUUUGGACUCAUUCAACAGUCAAUUCAAAACGCACAAGCUAUAAAGCAAGGCGGCCCUCAGGGCAAGCAGGCCGCUGCUGCUGCCGCAGGACAAAUCCUUCAGCAGUUUACUGGGUUUGAUCUCAACAAUUUAGGUGGAAACUUCGGUAAUCUCUUUGGAAGAUGA